AUGACUUGGGAUCAAGCCGGCCCGUUUUGUAGUUCAAUUGGAGGAUCUUUGGUGAAUAUAUCGAGUAGCACAGAAGAUCAGUACCUGGCAAAUCUUACAAUGAUCUCUGCUCUUUGGCUUCAGCCGUGGAUUGGAGCUCAUAGAGCCACCGCAGAUGGAUUAUUCUAUGAUUUGAGUGGUGAGAAGAUAUCCGAUUCAUAUUGGGCUGCAAAUGAACCUGGUGUGAAUGGAGAUUGUGCAAGUUAUCGUGGACUUGGCACAUCUACAGGAAUGCAAGUUACACAGUGUUUCAGUUUGCAACCUGCACUUUGCAAACAGCAACCAGCAUUGUGUCCAAAUCAAACACAAUAUGGGGGAGCUUAUACAAGAUCGGGAAAUAUUACAUCACCCGGAUAUCCUGUGCAAUAUUAUAAUAACUUGGAUUGUAUCUACACUAUUAAUUGUAAGAUAACUAACUUUUUCUGAAAAUUGCGACUCACUUUCAGCUCCAAAUGGCACCUAUAUAACUAUAAAAUUCAGUCCAUUCGACGUGCAAUAUCAAUUUGAUUCUGUAAUAGUUUACGAUGGUCCGAAUACAACUUCAAAAUACCUUGGAGAGCCCACAUUCUUCGGACGGAACUCGUACGAAAGUUCGAGUAAUGUUAUGACAUUUAAGUUCCACACAGAUUCAUCGAUCACAAGUGAAGGAUGGUUAACAACAUGGGCGGCAAAGUGAGUAGGGAUCCUAGAAAGCCCCCGCAUAGUUUUUUGUCUUGCAGACCCGCAACACCAGCAAUUCGUGUAACUGGAACUAAUGGAACUCUACAAUCUGGCAACUAUCCAGAAAAUUAUGAUGCUUAUGCUGAGCAAUUGUAUUAUAUUUCAGUUCAAUUUGAUUUUCAGAUAAACUUGACUAUCACUGAUUUCGAUACUGAAACAAAUUAUGAUGUUUUGCAAGUGUAUAACGCAUCAUAUAUCUCAACCUCUACUCUAGUUGCCAAGUGAGUUACCCUAAAUCUUGGAAAGCCACUUCAAAAUGAUUUUCUAGCUUGUCUGGAAGCUCUGUUGCUCCAUGGAACAUUCUAUCACCCUCCAAUUAUUUGACACUGAAAUUCACUUCUGAUGGAUAUUUACAAAAGAAAGGAUGGUUUGCGAAUUGGUUUAUUCAAUAA